GUCUAUGUAAAAUUUUAGAGAUCAGAACGCAUAAAAGUUGUUUCAUUGAUCAAUGGCGUGUGUCCAUGCUUUGUCAGUGACUCCAUGUUGUUGAGUUGGCCACUCACAACACGACACACUUUGUUUUCUCCGUCUUUCUUGGAGACAGGCCAAGUGUUCUUUGAUCCAACCAACUCAUUUCACAAUUGUUUUAAGCAUUUCAUCAAACACCUCUCUCUCUCCUAAGAUCUGUCCCUUCUCCUAUGGCAAUUGUUGCUUCAACUUCUCUUUCUAAACACCCUUUAUUCUCUUCUUCAUUUCUCCCCGCAUCCACGACCCCUACGAAGAUCUUUAGCUCCAAGCUGAGAUUUAGAGAAACUGAGCAGAUUCGUUUCAGAUUGUCCACUUUUUUCAAGAGAAGUUGUUCAUAUAAGACAAUGACUUCCUUGCAACCUUCGGAAUUGGUCCUAAGAGAUAAGAAUAUCUCCAUUUUGGUUUAUAUUACCACCUGUUACAAAUAGCUUUUUUACUAAAUUUUUCUAAGGCAUAUUGUUUUCCUGUUAGAAGCAAUCCAGGUUUUCUAUUGAUGGCUUCAAAAGAACCUGUGGGACUGACUACGGAACUUGGAAGUGACAAAAUAGAGACUGCAGUGGGAGUUGAAAAUGGAUGUGGUAUGUUUGAUGAAAUGAAACAUCGGUUUUUAAGUUUCAAAAAGAAGAAAUUCAUGGAAAACUUAGAACAUUACCUAAAUCUUUCAAAUGCUCAAACACCAAAGUUUAUGGUAAUUGCCUGUGCUGACUCUAGAGUUUGCCCCUCAUACAUCCUUGGAUUUCAUCCAGGAGAAGCAUUUAUUGUCCGCAAUGUUGCAAAUAUGGUUCCCCCAUGUGAGAGUGGGCCCUCAGAAACAAAUGCUGCAUUGGAAUUUGCAGUAAAUUCUCUUCAAGUCGAAAACAUUCUAGUCAUUGGCCAUAGCCGCUGUGGAGGCAUUCGGGCCCUUAUGAGCAUGGAGGAUGAAGCAGAUUCAAGCUUUAUUCAAAAUUGGGUUGUUGUGGGGAAGAAUGCAAGGUUAAAAACAAAGUCUGCUGCUCAUAACCUUAGCUUUGACCAUCAGUGUCGACAUUGUGAGAAGGAGUCUAUAAAUUGUUCAUUGUUAAACCUACUAACUUAUUCAUGGAUUGAAGAAAAAGUGGAGAAAGGCACACUCUCUCUUCAUGGUGGCUACUAUGACUUCAUUGACUGUACCUUUGAGAAAUGGACACUGGAUUAUGAGGGAAGCAAUUUAAAGGAAAGCGACAAAUUUGCAGUCAGAAGCCAGUCAUUUUGGUGCUGAAUUUUACUUAAGGAAUCUCUAUACGGUUGUGUUACUGUGUUAAAUUCUGUUGUAUGUGCUGUAUUUAUAAAUAUCCGAACAAAUGAGAAAUAAUGUUAUUCGCUGGAAUUCAAGGGAAUAACUACCCUACUGCAUGUGAGUUAAAGAAGUUGUUCGUUAAUGCCAUAGUGCAAGUGGUGAUA